AUGCCACAUUUACAGGGACUCAUGGCUGACAGAGGAGCUAUGCAAAUGCUCAUCAUAGUUCUCAUAUUGGAGAUACUUAACACAUUUGCACCGUGCUCUGGGGCAAAUGUGAAAAUUGGUGUCCCUGAAAACUACGACGGUAUUUUUCCAUGGUAUCUAGCCAAGCUCCGUAGCCUGCCAGGUAAUUACAGUGACCUGGUGGUAACAGGGGAUGAUGAGGGGAUUUUCGGAGUCGACGCUCAGUUUCUGUAUGCUCUGAAACCACUGGACAGAGAGAAACAGCCGUCUUACUCGCUCCAGGUGUCCUUCAGAACAUCGGUGCACCGACAGAGCUUCACCGUCGAAGUGUGUGUCAUCGACAAGAAUGACAAUGUGCCCACUUUCAUAGAGGAGAGCAUGAGAGGCAGCGUGCAGCUCGGGCUUCUCAAAGGGAUCCCCUUCAUGCAGGUGGAGGCACUGGAUCGUGACGACCGCAACACUGCCCACGCUGAGCUGCGGUUCAGGCUCAUGGAACAGACACCCAGGAUUCCCUCCAGCCAAAUGUUCUUCAUCGACUCCAUCACUGGAGAGGUUUCCCUCACCGAGGAAGGAGCCUCUACCCUGGACCCAGAGAUGUGCGGCCGUUAUAAGCUGUCAGUGAUGGUGAAGGACAUGGCCGGGAAGGCGAACGCUUUCUUCACCACCGGUAUCGUUACCGUUGAGGUGACAGGAAACACCUGGGCAUCGCCCGACCCUGUACGACUUCAGGAGAACCUCCCGGGCCCCUACCCGAUCCCCAUCUCACAGGUGAAAUGGAGUGGCAGUCAGGCAGAGUACAGUCUGGAGGGGGAGUUUCCAGAGAUGCUCUUCACCAUCAGCAGAGAGGGAGUCAUUUAUCUCAACGCUCCACUGGACAGAGAGACACAAGACCAGUUCCAGAUCAGCAUUGUGGUUGAGCGUCCAGAUGGCAGAGAGAUUGCCAAGCCUGUGGAGCUGAGGGUGAUGGUGGGCGACGCCAACGAUAACAGGCCCACCUUUCCACAGGCACAGUACCAUACUGUGGUCAAGGAGCUGGCAGCACGAGGGACAGAAAUCCUGACAGUGCAGGCAGCUGAUAAUGACGAUCCCAAAACGGACAACGUGCGGAUCUUCUACCGCUUAGUCGGACAAAUUCCGGAGAGUCCUCGUGCCCUCUUCAGAGUGGACCGUGACUCAGGGGUCAUCUCAGUCCAAGCAGACAGUAUGGAGGGCACCGCUCCUCAGUACACCCUCACCAUCACUGCUGAGGACGCCAAAGGUCUAAACAGUUCCUGCACUGUGGUCGUGACGGUUCAGGAUGAGAACAACAACCCACCAGUCUUCUCCCAACAUGAGUACGGACCCUUUCACAUCCCAGAGAACGCUCCAGUGGGCACCACGGUAACAGCUGUGCUGGCAGGAGAUGCAGAUGUUCGAGGAGGAGACAGCUGGCAGGUGGACUACCGUUUAGAGUCUGGAAACGAGGAGGAGGUCUUCACAUUGGUGACAGACAAGCAGACCAAUGAGGUCUCGCUCAUCCUUUCAAAGGUCUUGGACUUUGAGCGUGAGAGUGAGUACAUCCUCGUGCUCAGCGCUCAGAACCCAGUGGCUCUGGUCCGUGGCCGAUACGGACCCGCAUCCACAGCGACAGUCUCCAUCUAUGUUGACGACGUGAACGAGGGUCCGAUCCUGUCUCAAAGCCAUUAUGAGGUGACUGUCAGAGAGGGCGAGGAACCGGGGCGGGUUAUAGCCACCAUCCGAGGUUACGACCCUGAUUCUCACCCAAUCAGAUAUUCUCUUCAAGGAGACACGAAGAAAUACUUUUCAAUAGGGAAGUAUUCUGGUGAGCUGAAGACUGUGCAGGCCUUGGACAGAGAGGAGAACAGCACUUACACCAUGGAGGUCAUUGCGGUGGAUGGGCGAAACUCUUCCCUAUCCGCCUCCACCCUGGUGACUGUCCAGAUCCUGGACGUGAACGACAACAGUCCCGUGCUGGUUGGAGAUUAUUCCUGGAAGUACCUGUGUACACCUCGCUGGGAGGACCAAGCUCUGGUGCUGGCCUCACGGGACAGUGACGGGCCACAGCACGGAGGACGACUCAACUUCUCUCUGCGCAGUGAUGCCACGGUCCGACGUAACUGGAAGCUAACGCCUAUUAAUGAUACUCACACCAACCUGUCCUUAAACAUCCCAUACCUGGCCCCUGAGGUCUACACUGUGCCCUUCACCAUCUCUGACAGCAGCUCUCCCCCCAGGAGCACCUUCAUAAACCUGCCAGUGACAGUGUGUCCCUGCAACGUCAGAGGAAACUGCAAAAUGGCUGCCAAGCAGCUGCAGGGCAUGCCAACUAUUCAGUCUGCAGUGGGCAUCCUGCUUGGCACCUUUGCAGUCAUAGGAACUAUCCUCAUCGUUGUGUUUGUGAGACUCUCCUACCAGAACCCCAAACAACCAAGCAAAACUAACCAGGAGAGAGUUCCCCUGAAGAUUUCCAUCUAGUUGCUGUGUUGUCUGUCCUGCUCACUGCUCUGGCCAACUGGACCAAUGCAGCAGCGUCGCUGGCUGUGAAUGUCUAACAAUGAAUGUAUAUUUCAGUUAUUGGAUCAAAGUUCAGAUGUACACUGAC